AUGGACGUCCAAGCACCCCUCAGCCCAUCGUCCCUCUUCUCAGCCAAAGGCUUAGUAGUGGUAAUCACCGGCGGAGGCAGCGGCCUCGGUCUCGCCUACGCCUCCGCCCUCUACCAAAACGGCGCCUCAAAGAUCUACCUCCUCGGCCGCCGCCAAACCGUGCUCUCAGACGCCAUCAAAACACUGCAAGCAUCCCCGUCCGCACCCAGCAAUGCGUCUUCCGUCCUCGCCGCCAUAGCCUGCGACGUUACAGACCAGACGUCCGUAGAAGACGCAGUCGCUCAAGUGCAGAAGGAGGUAGGCUACGUCGACGUGCUGAUUAACAACGCGGGCGUCCUGGGUCCUACCAACGGGGCAGCGCUCUACAAAGCAGAGUCAAUCGAUGAACUGAGAGAUGCCAUGCUCCAAGAGUUCUCCUCCGGCAGCUGGGACACGGCCUUCAAGAUAAACACGCAAGCCGUCAUCGGCGUCUCAGCUGCGUUCCUCCCGCUCCUCGAAGCAGCCAACACGCGGCGUGGCUGGGCGAGCGGGAAAGUCGAAGGAGACGGCACGCCGAGAGAGCAGGACAUAUCUGCGUUAGAGAAAAUCGGCGCAGACGCAGACGACGACCGAAUGGCGCACAUCAUUACCACCGCGUCCGUCGCGUCCUUCAUGCGGCACUGCACCGCGGGGCUAGCGUACAACGCGUCCAAAGCGGGCGCCGCGCACCUUUCCAAGAUGCUCGCUUCGUUCCUCGCGCCGUGGGGCGUGCGCAGCAAUGUGAUUGCGCCGGGGCCGUAUCCAAGCGAGAUGACGAAGACGCUGCGUGCGAAGUUUGGCACGGGGCAGGUGCCGCAGGGGAGGAUGGGGGGUGUGAACGAUGUAGCGGGGUUGGUGUUGUUCCUGGUGGGCAAGGGGGCGCGUACACGAAUGGGACGGUGCAGGUUACGGAUGGGGGGAGGAUGGGUGUGUUUCCCGGGACGUAUUAGGUAG